CAAAAUGACAGCGAAGAAGUCUGGUUCACGACUGGAAACGGAUAUAGAGCGGUGCCGUUCGGAGGGACAGUGGGACAAGAUACCGGAGCUGGUUCGACAGCUCUCGACCAAACUCAUUGCUAAUGAUGAUCUAGGGGAGCUGUUGCUGGGAGAAUGCAAGCUUCAGACAUACUUGAAGGAGAAUCCCGUCAAACAAGGAGCCAGUCCCAGAGGCCCACAACCUAAACUGGUGGAGGUCAGGAAACACCUCACUGCUGCUCUGGAUAGAGGAAACCUCAAGGCCGAUUACAUUCAAGAAGCCAGCCUACUGAUGGCCAAACUGUGCUAUGUGGAAGGAGAAUACAGAGAUGCUUUAGGUCACUACAGCAAGGUGAAUCUGGAUGACAUGCAAAUGGUGGGAGCGCCUGUGUAUAGACUGUCUAUGAUGGCAGAGGCCUAUGCUACUAAAGGACUGUGUCUAGAGAAGGUCCCAGCUGUCUCUCCAUCUCUGUCCAAUAAAAACACUGGGUCUCCAUUGUCCAAUAGGAGCACAACAGAGCAGGAGCAGGAAAUCAUCACCUGCUAUGAGAAAUCUGGAGACAUUGCUCUGCUCUACCUGCAGGAGGCUGAGAAGGCAUUGUCAGCAGGGAUUCAGAACCGCAGCCCAAAGCCAGGCCCGACAGCCCAGGACCUGGAGCUAGGAUACUUCCUGGAGACAGGCCUGCAGAGAGCCCAUGUCAUCCACUUCAAGAAUGGCAACCUGACACAAGGCGUAGGUCGAUUUCGGGAGAUUCUUCGGGCUGUUGAGACCAGAACCACCCAGAACCUGCGCAUGACCAUAGCCAGACAGCUUGCAGAGAUCUUGCUCAGAGGAAUGUGUGAACAGAGUUACUGGUCUCCUCUGGAAGACCCACCUACAGUGUCACCAUUGGACGAUCCCACACGGCAGGGACACACUCACAGCAAGAACUACACCCUCAGCCGGCGCCCACGAGUAUACUCAGGAGAGAAUUUGUUUUGCCCUCAGGAGAACACAGAAGAAGCUUUGCUGCUGCUACUCAUCAGUGAGUCCAUGGCUAACCGUGAUGCUGUCCUGAGCAGAAUUCCUGAACACAAUAAUGAUCGUAUCAUCAGCCUACAGUCGGCCUCUGUAGUGUAUGACCUGCUGACUAUAGCUCUGGGCAGGAGGGGGCAGUACGAGAUGCUGUCAGAAUGUCUGGAGAGAGCCAUGAAGUUUGCCUUUGAGGAGUUCCAUUUGUGGUACCAGCUUGCCUUGUCGCUAAUGGCAGCUGGCAAAUCAGCUCGUGCUGUUAAGGUCCUUAAGGAGUGUAUUCGUCUGAAGCCUAAUGACCCCACCAUCCCACUGCUGGCUGUCAAACUGUGUAUUGGACCGCUGCACUGGUUGGAUGAGGGCGAGUGCUUUGCAAAGACUGUGAUUGACAUGGGGGAGAAAGCAGCUGAGUUCAGAGCCAAAGGCUACUUGGCCAUAGGCCUGGUUUACAGCCUCAAAGCCACUGAUGCAUCCUUGCGAAGCACACAGGAGGACUACCAAAGGAAGGCUUUGGGAGCUUUCCAGAGAGCUCAGAGUCUCUCUCCUACUGACCAUCUAGCAGCCUUCUACUUGGCACUGCAGCUUGCUGUGUCCAGACAGAUCCCGGAGGCGCUAGGCUAUGUUCGUCAGGCGCUGCAGCUUCAAGGGGAUGAUGUUCACUCCCUUCAUCUGCUGGCCUUACUGCUCUCUGCUCAGAAACACUACCAUGAUGCUCUCAAUAUUAUAGAGAUGGCUCUGUCCGAGUACCCCGAGAAUUUUAAUCUGCUGUACACCAAAGUAAAGUUGGAGUCAAUGUGUAGAGGACCAGAGGAAGCUCUGCUCACCUGUAAACACAUGCUACAGAUAUGGAAGAGCUUCUACAACCUUACCAACCCCAGUGAUUCGGGGCGUGGCAGCAGUCUGUUAGAUAGAGCCAUUGCUGACAGACGACAGCUCAACGCCAUGACUCUGCCUGACUUCAGUGACCCUGAGACUGGUUCAGUGCACGCUACGUCUAUAGCAGCCAGUCGUGUAGAACAGGCGCUGUCCGAGGUAGCCUCCUCCCUGCAGAGCAGUGCCCCCAAACAUGGGCCCCUGCACCCUUGGUUGACCCUGGCUCAGAUCUGGCUGCAUGCAGCUGAGGUGUACAUCGGAAUGUCAAAACCCGCAGAGGCAUCAGCCUGCACACAGGAAGCCACCAACCUCUUUCCCACAUCCCAUAACGUGCUGUACAUGAGGGGGCAGAUAGCCGAGCUGAGGGGCAACGUAGAUGAGGCCAAACGCUGGUAUGAGGAGGCCCUGUCCAUCAACCCAACGCACGUCAAGACCAUGCAGAGACUGGGUCUGAUUCUGCACCAGCUGCAGCGCUACAGUUUGUCUGAAAAGGUUCUGAGGGAUGCCGUGCAGGUCAACAGUACGGCUCAUGAUGUGUGGAACAGUUUGGGCGAGGUGUUGCAGGCUCAGGGAAACGCCGCAGCUGCCACAGAGUGUUUCCUCACUGCCUUGGAGCUGGAAGCCAGCAGCCCCAUCCUGCCUUUCACCAUCAUACCCAGAGCAUUAUGAGACGCUCACUUACAGCCUCAGUACUGUAGCACAGUGGCACAAAUGACAGACCUGCAAGCUGCACAUGCCCCAUACCUCGACUGCAUGCCACUAACACUCCUCCACAAGGUUUUACUGCCAUACCCUCAGACAUACACUUGCACUGUAUAGAACUAGUCCAGGUAAAUACAUAAACAAUCCCCCCUGCACACCCAUCCUUCCCACAAAGUCUGGGGGAAGGAUGGGUUCCAUCUUGGAUCUGUUUCCAAGUUCGUAAAAUACCUGGCCAAAAACAUGUCUCAAGUCUUUGGUUCACGUUCUGUGUUUAGUCUUUUGGCAUCUCUGCACUGCAAAAAUCAGUAAAGAAAAAAAAUGAAGUAUGCAGAUAUGUGAAAACACUGUUGUGAAUCAGCACGGUGGCCCAGUCAGUGCUCUGCAGAAAGUGCAUGAGGGCACGAGUCUGUGUGCUAAUUGCUUGUGUGCAUCAAUCUGCAGUUGUGUGCCUGUUUUUGUCUGUGCAUGUAUGCCAACUUGUUGCCUGUGCAUUUUUAUGUCUGGUUGUAGUAUGCUGUGUGUGUUUGUUGUUCUCUGUAAAUAAGAUUCGGUCUGAGUUACUGCUAUAGCAUUGCUAGCAUUCAGAAGCCUAUGAGUUAACAUUUUGUUUACCUGGUAUUAAGUCCCAAAGUUCACAAAAAGUUUUUUUUCCCUUUCACACACUGAAGGUAAAGCUAGCAAAUCUGACAAAAAAAGGAUUAUUGGCAGGUAACCAGUUAUGUUAAUGUUUCCUUUCUGAGCUACAUAUUAGUGAUGACCACAUUCCCUGAAACACAUACAGUACAUAUGGAGAGGAUUACAGUUACUGUAUGAGUACUGUAUGGCUGACUCAGACUAGCCACAUCUUUGAGAAUCUACCGAAGCAUCGACAGACAUGAUCAACAAAUCACUGAAGAAUCAAUUAGUAAGGGCUGCGUUUACACACACAGGAGAUCAGAUGUAUACUGGUUAAUGCUCAAGACUGUCAUUCUCCUGAGUUCCUCACUGACACAUUUUUUAUUUCAUGCACAGCCUUUUUAUGCUUUUUAGUUUAACCAUAUUUCCAUGAUGUUCUAUAAUUUUACAUAUUUCCUAGUGUGUACAGAAUGAUUCAGUUUCCCAUUGAAAUGAAUAUACAUGCACUUUUUAACUGAGAGUAAGCCGAGAAGAUCAGUACCACUUACAUGACUGUACAAUAACUAUGAAGCAGCUCUUAGCUUAGCUUAGCAUAAAGAAUGUAAAUGGAGGGAAACCAGUUAGCCUGGCUCUUUCAGGAACACUGCCUACCAGCAUCUCUAAAGCUCACUAGGUUACCUUUACACUAUUUAGUCUGUACAGAGGCCCAUAGUGAUUAAAGAAGAAAUCUGUAACAUGCUAAUUAAUGAACUCUGGUUGGUGGAUUUGGUUAUCUUCAGAAAGCCAGAUUAGCUGUCUUUAAACUAAGCUAAACUAAACAGCAGCUAGUGGUAGUGUAGUCAUAGUCAUUAUCGAAUCUUCUCAUCUAACUUUAAGCAAGAAGGCAAACAACAUUUCUCAAAAUGUUGAAUAUAACUAUAAAAUAUCUCCAGAAUAAUAAAUGUUCUCUUUUUAAUGCUUUCAGCUAUUUGGAAAAGCUUGUUAAUAUGAGCAGGCAUAUACAAUAGUUGAACAAAAAGAGUGACACCUACAAAAACUCACCAACACAGUAAUGUUGCAAAUAACCAGUCAAGUUUCAUGGAAGCCUGAGCUCCUGUGUAACAUUUAGAUUGUGUUAGGACUCUUGUUACUCUGUUGUGUGUAAAUGCAACCAUGGUGAUUGUGUUGUCUUUGUGUCCUGUCACAGGCAUGUUAAAUACAACCAGAUUAAUAGGUGGUUUUUUUAUUCUAAAUGCAAAUAAAUAUAGCUGUAUAUUUGAUUGUUCCAAAUGUAUUAUUAUUUUAGAAAGUAAAUUAUUCUAUUUUCUGGACAGUAAUGUUACUGAGAAGCUGUUGGAAAUGAGAGGAUGAGUUGGUUCAGUCUGCCCUUUGUGAUGUCAUUGAAGAAUUGAAAUUGAUAAUGACCAAGAUAAU